AGGCUGCGCUCGGCAUUCUCUGAGCCGGAGGGGACCCCGCAGCUACCAGUCGGGAGAGGCCGCCAGGCUCCUGAAGAGUGCGGGCAGGUGCGAAGAGAGCGUUCUACGGCGGCGACCAUGUCUGCCCGCUGCUGCGCCGGCCAGUUGGCCUGUUGCUGUGGUACUGCUGCAUGUUCCCUUUGCUGCAAUUGUUGCCCAAAGAUAAAACAAUCAACCAGCACCCGCUUUAUGUAUGCCUUGUACUUCAUCUUGGUGGCUCUCAUCUCUUGCAUCAUGAUGUCAAAAACUGUAGCAAAACAAAUGAAAGAACAUAUUUAUUUUUAUGAAACAGUAUGUCAGCAUAUUCAAGCAGGUGACUCCUGUGAGAAGCUGGUGGGCUACUCUGCAGUUUAUCGAGUAUGUUUUGGAAUGGCGUGUUUCUUUUUCAUCUUCUUUUUAUUCACAAUUAAAAUCAACAACAGCAAAAGCUGUCGUGCCUACAUCCACAAUGGAUUUUGGUUUAUUAAACUUCUCAUCUUGGUAGCAAUGUGCUCAGGAGCCUUUUUCAUUCCAGAUCAAGAUACUUUUCUUAAAGCUUGGCGUUAUGUUGGUGCUACAGGAGGCUUCCUCUUCAUUAUCAUUCAGCUUAUCCUCCUUGUAGAAUUUGCACACAAAUGGAAUAAAAACUGGACAUCUGGCACAAAGCACAAUCAACUUUGGUACGGCUCCUUAGCUCUUGUGACUCUCACACUGUAUUCCGUUGCUGUUGGAGCUCUAGUUGUGAUGGCUGUCUUUUAUACCCGUGCUGAUGGCUGUACAUUUAACAAGAUCCUGCUUGGUGUCAAUGGUGGCUUGUGCUUGCUUAUUUCAAUGGUAGCCAUUUCACCUUGUGUCCAAAACCGUCAACCUCAUUCUGGCUUGUUACAGUCAGGCAUUAUCAGCUGCUAUGUCAUGUACCUCACAUUCUCAUCUCUUUCAAGCAAACCUCCAGAAAUGAUCCUAGGUGAGAAACAAAAUACAACAAUCUGUGUGCCUGACUUUGGCCAAGGGCUGCAAACAGAUGAAAAUUUGGUGACUGGGCUGGGAACUACAAUUUUAUUCUGUUGCAUUUUAUAUUCCUGUUUGACCUCAACAACAAGAGCAAGCUCUGAAGCACUCAGAGGGAUAUAUGUAACACCUGAAACUGAAGUAGCUCGCUGCUGUUUCUGCUGUACUCCUGAUGGAGAUGCUGAGGUUGAAGAGCAUAUUGGGGGAAAAGGCGGUCAGAGAGUAAUUUAUGAUGAAAAGAAAGGAACAGUGUACAGCUAUGCUUAUUUCCACUUUGUAUUCUUCUUGGCGUCUCUUUACGUGAUGAUGACUGUUACCCAUUGGUUCCAUUAUGAAAAUGCUGCAAUUGAAAAAUUCUUCGUUGGGACCUGGUCCAUUUUCUGGAUUAAAAUGGCUUCUUGCUGGGCGUGUGUCCUUUUCUACCUGUGGACUCUUCUGGCACCUUUGUGCUGCCCAACCAGAGGAUUCUACGUUUGAAACUACUUCUGUUAUAACUCCCAUUGAUUUAAUAAAUCACAAAGUCAUUUGUAUAAUCAUUUUCCUAACAUUGAUGGUUAGGACAAUGCUUCUCUCAUGUAACAGUUACAUUUUGAGACAGAUUUUUUAAAAUAUUUUUUUUAUUAUCUGGAUUUAAAGGACACUGAAAAAAAACACAUCUAGUUCAAUGUGGCAAGUCAGCUGGACCUUGAGUUUGGUAUUCCAUAAUAAGUAAUACACUUGAACCCUUUUAUUUAGAUGUAUGAAAAAAAGUUUAACACUUCACUAGAUGAGAUGUCAUAUUUGGUGGGAAGAGUAUGAGGUCAAGAAGGUUUUUAUUCUGUAACAGAUCUCAGUAAAUUAUUACAAAUCUGGAUUGUGAAUGAGAAAGAUUUGUGGGUAUAAAAUAUUUAUUUAUAUUAAUGAAAAGCACCUUUUAUGAAUCAUUGGGUGACGACAUGGAACCUAAAAAUUUGACUGGGAUGUGCAACACUGUAAAUGUUGGUGCAAUUAAUUAACUAUUAUGAGCCACUGAGGGACUAGAUGCAUUUAUCAAAGUAUUCGGUUAGGAAUAGUGGACAACAAAAUAAGAAUUCUGUUAAAAAGUAUUUUUAGUAGGUCUGUGGAUUUGUUUUUCUUUAUCUUUCCUGCAUCUCUUUGGUUUCAUAAAUGUAUUUUGAUGCACUCAUAUUUAAAUUCAAUAGAUAAAUUAGGAAAAAACAAUUUAAUUCAAAGUAAUUUUAUUAUCAUAGUUUGAACUGUAUCUUCAGUGGUCAUAAACAUUUUUCAUUUCCAAUUCCUAAUUUGGCAUAAGAGUUUUUUCCUAUGCCUAUCAAAUUUCAUUUGGAGAUUCCAGUCCAAACAUGCUUCUUUAUCAGGAAGUAAGAACUAUGAAACAUACCAAAACUAGAUUCAGAUUAAACAUGUUUAGAAUUACAUUGCAAUUGUAAAUUUAAGAAUUAGGGCAUUACUGCUUUUUUUAAAUUUAUCUGUGGAAGCUCAAUUUCCAGGUGCUGAAAAAGUUACCAUAGAAUUAAUUAGUAGGCUGAUGCUGUCAUGUUUUAUUUUUUGUGAAUUACAUUAAUUACAACAGCUGCUUCCAUUUAAUAUUUCGGAUAAAUGGAAACCAACCACGAUGAUAAAGAAGUGCCUAUUUUCAAAGCUAAGCAGAUCAAUAAAGCUGCCAUAUUUUAACUUCAGAAACUAAUAAUUUGCUUUACUAUUCUUAUUUACUGCAUUUUCAUCUUGGGAUAGUUCUUCAUAUGCAAUUCUUUUUUAAUUCUUUUUUUAAACUUUUGAUACAGUGUUGACCUUUUGUAAAUAUCCAUGGACUUUAUUCAGAAUUAUACCUAAAACAUUACAGAUUUUACUUGCAUAAAAUAUAACUCAUUAUUGGGGAAAGUUAAUAGUUGAGACUUUGAGAUGAAUCCAUAGUACAAGUCAAGCAACUGGUGUUUUUAAAGUGUUUUGUUGGAGUUUUGAAGAAUAACUUCAUAUUCAAAAAGUAUUAUAGAUGUAAUUCCUUGGUCAAUAAACUUGAGUUUGUUAAAAAUU